GCAAAAGUGCCCGCGGACUCGCAGGACAAAAUGUGCGGCGGAUUCCGUCGGAGAGACGCGCGGGGAAAAUAAUUUUGAUCGCGAUCACCCGGAGAAUCACGCCAGAUGGAAGCUUUAAAACACCGCGCGGUCGGUGGAAUUGCAAGAACGUCAAUCUCAUCUGUUACGGAUCCGGCGCGCUUCCGGAGGAUGGACGAGGCUGGAUUCCGGAAACGACAGGUGUGGGAGGAACACCGGAGUCGCCAGGAUGCAGGAACGACAGACUUCCCGGUGCACAGGAUAGAAUGAAUCGUCGGGAGGACCCGCUGUUACGGCAGCACCGCAGCCGUUUGCUGCAGUUGGCCGAGGUAACGAACAUCAAGCCUGGCCGUGGCAGCGGGAAGAGGCGCGGACAGAGACAGUCGCAUGGUUUCGGGCCGAGUUGGCGCCAUGCGGUGGAUUAUUGCAGUAACGGCGGACCCAGUCGCGUGACACUCCAGGAUAUCGUCAGAAACGAUCCUGGAUACACGCCGAACAUCGAGCACUUAGUAUUUCCGGAGCGCAAGAGCAGCAAUCCGAAUUUGGCGGGCGUCGCCGAUGGCUCGCCGCCAACUAAAUCCAAGUCAAAUGCGACGAGUUCGGGAAGGUCCAGGCUCGCCGAAGUUUUCGCUCGGCACUACGCAAGAGGAUCCUCGCAGGACUCGUCCAUUACGUCUAGAAAGAAUCAUGUGAACAGCACGUCGCUGGAUAGUGGGAGCGCGAUAGGUCAUCAGCCGGGACCCGGCGGGCCCACGGUGGUGACGCGGAACGCCGGGCGUCGCUGGCUGUCGCAGAACUCACAGUCCUCGAGGCAACACUCGGCCGAAGACGGGGUACGUGGGGGCAGCGUAGGCGUUGGAGGACCCGUUUCGACCUCGUCCUCAAGUCAGGCUCCCGGUCAGACCGCACCUCCCGCCCUGCCGCCUCGAAGAGUCAGUCCGGCCGCGGAUACGAGCGAGAUCGCCAACGCGGGUCCCAUUUCGCGCGUCGACAGAGGCCCAAACGUGUCGAUCCUCCAUCUUCGCAACGCGUCAGCGGACCCUUGGGAGGUCGGCUCUCAGGGCUCCUCGUACAGCAUCGGCAGCAACAAGAGUCAGACGGCAGGCGGCAGAGGCAAACCCGGUGGGAGCGCGCGCGGCUCCUACAGCCGCGGCAGUUCGAUACCAUCCCUGAAACGUCACGACACAUCCACGUCGACCACGUCGACGUCAAGCCUCAAGCAGCACCGACAAGACAGCCAUGGUCAGGUCUCCUCGAGUUCUCGUCGGCGCGAGGCUGCAAACGCCUUCCUGUCGGGCAACAGCGGCACGUCUGGCGAGCUGUUCAUCAGCGGCAAUUGCAGCCGCGAGCUGUCGCCCGUGCGAUGGUGCGACCGCGAGGUCGACGGCGUUUACCUCGGCCGCUCCGGCUGGGUGCAGGUGCAGCAGCGGUCCCUCGACGAGAAUCGCCGCUCGACCUACGAGAGCAAUUUGGUGACCGCGACUACCGGCACCCUGCCGCUGGCGCGACGCGCGGCGGUCAAACUAGCGGACUAUCAUUGCAACAGUGAGCCCGGCAAGUGUCCGCAGGACUUCACCAGAGGACUCGACUCGCAACGACCGGACUACCUCGCGCUGCACAGUCAGGAUUUCGACUCCAUCACGACCAGCGCCUGCACGUCGCCGCACAGCAUCCCGGAGUCGUUCUCGCCGCCGUCGAUCACGCCGAUCAUAUCGCCGCCGCCGGCGUUCCAGGACGCUGUCGCCGGCAGGAAAUCGUCCUCCCUCAGGCAUUCUUCCGCCGGGCGCAGCAACUACGGCAGCAAGGCGCCCUUCUUGCCGCGGUCCAACGCCAUCGUCGACAGCGAUAUAAUCAGUCCGCCACCGUCGCCACCGCCGCACCAGGUCAACUGGAGCUCCCUACCGUCCGCAUCCAGGAGGAACUCCGGCGUGGCGUCUUCCAGGUCGAAGAAGCAGAACGCCAGCCAGCAGCAACAGCAGCAGCAGCAGCAGCAGCAGUAUCGCAUGGCGCAGGCCAAGUCUUUGGAGGAUCAAUCGUCUUCCAGAAGAUCGCAGUUUGCGCAGAGGUAUCUGGAGUCGUCCAGUUCGUCGUCGUCGUCGAUGGGAUUCAGGAGCCUCGACAGCUGCGUGAAAUCCAUCAUGCCUAGCUUGGCGGAGAACACGGAUUCCUCGGUCGAAGGAUAUGACGAUGGUGACGAGGAUGAUAAUCCCAGCUCAUCCUUAAACCUCAGUCUGGUGUCGUCAUCGGCUCUCGCGUUGAACUCGUCCACAGAAUCGAUUCGCGCCAAUGGCGAACGAAUUUCACCUAACAGGCAAGGGAGAAUCCAUAGAAGCCAACAAGGGCUGAGGAGAUCACCGGGAUCCUCGGAAUCUGGAAAACAGAUAUUCAAUUCGCCCUCCUCGUCGUCCUCCACGUCCAGCAGCGAAGGACGACAGGGCCGGUCACCCACCCCUAAUCCCUUUAGACGCGGCAACGCUGUGCGACAACACCAGAGCGCCAGAACCAAUCAAGCGUCGCCCGAUUCUCAUCAAUCUCGGGUCCGAAGAUCCAGGAGUCUGCAAUUGCCGGAGAAGAGAUCGCCGGGAACGACCGGUCCGCAGAGGGAUCACGCCCGAGAAUCGAACGAGGCGCACAGAGUCGUCGUGAAGAUCGUAAAUGAUCGAGGAAGCGAACGGUCCAAGCGCCACGUUCUUCAAAACAGAAAAGCUCAGUCUACCGAUGAUAGCGUGAACGAAAAUUAUCUUCGUGAAGCGGAAAUGGUGACCGAAUAUCUGUACGGCACUCGAAGUCGCGUCGUGCCAAGAAAUAUGUUGGCGAGCCGAUAUGAUCGCCGUGACGAAAGUCAAGAGCAGAGACGUGGCAAUCCCAACACCUAUGACGUCUAUAUCAUAUCCUCCAAGCAGCAGCAACAGCAGCAAUCGUCAAAAUCGUCCAAUUCCUCGCAACAGCAGCAGCAGCAGCAGCAGCAACAACAAUCACAACAGCAGUCGCAGCAACAACAGCAGCAGUCCAGACGGCCGCGAACGCUGCAGAGAGGCGCCACGACGCCCAACACGAACGCGCCGACCGUUAAUCAAGACUUCUGCAUCAGUCCAGAUACGAAGCUGCGCUGUAACAGUAGUACUUGUGAUUUCUGGCCUCAUUGCUCUCAAAGAGAGACUCUAUACUCGCCGAGUCAAGCGCCGCAGCCGGUCUUUAUGAAGCUGUCGCAGAGCUACCCAGCGCAUCAGAGGCUCUCGACUGACGCCGGCAGCCACCGAGGCAGCGCCAGCUCGUCGCCGGCUUCUUUGGAGCGGAUGGACGACCGAGAGCUCCGCGAAAGGGAUAACGUGAGGAAAAACAGAAGUAAUCAGCAGAACAACUCCAAAUAUCAGGAGAGACCGAAAGGCGUGCUCAAGCAGGGCAAUCGAUGGUCGCCGAUGGAAGGAAUCAACGGCAAUGGCUCCGGAAUGGAGAAGAGGGAUCAAAUGCACCACCGAGUGUACCGGAAACCUGAUUUCCCGGGAUCUUUCGACGGCGCUGAGAGCAAGGACAGAAGAGUGUCGCCCAUACAAGGGAUGAACGUCGUCAGUAGAUCGCCCAGCGGCUGCCCAAUCGGCUCUUCGUCGACGACCACCUCGUCAUCGUCGAGCAGUGAUAUCUGGGUCACCAUCGAUCGCACGGUGACGAAGAGCCCGCGGAACGCCAAGAGUUCCGGUGCAUCGACGCCGAUGGAGGACGCCGUGAUCGGUUCUCUGAAGACGCUGAUCGAGGCGCCGAAGGAUGGCACACUGUCCAGGCCUGGCAGCGCGCCCACUCGUGGCGAGGACUCUCUCACAGGCGACAUCGUCCUGGAUCCUCACCAGCGAUCUUUGUCGUUGCCGAAGUCCUUCCUGGCGCACAACACAGCGGACUGCAAUAGUAAGUCAGGAUCCUGGAAACGCGGACAGGAUUCCCAGCGAUCCAGCCCUAGCCCCAGCCGGCUCCAUCGCGCGCAAGAAAUGGUCACAUCUCACACAGCCCCCGUUUCUCCUCUGCACGACUACAGAACGAGCGGCCACGCCGGAAGAGAGAGAAGGCGGAUUCCCGGCCUCAGCAAAGCUCAUCGGCGAAUCAAAGCGUCCAGCACGCCGGCGCUUUUGGACAGGGACCCCGAUAACCGACAUUGGUCCGGCGACGAAGAGGACGAGGGAACGAGGGUGGGCCGUCACGUGACGACCGAGCAUCCCCUGACCGAGGCCACGAUUCCUCUGGUCAGCCAUUCCAGGCUGCAGGAGCCGUCUUCCGUCCUGAAUGUCGCCAAUGUGCCCACCGGCGGAAGUCAGAAUUCUGCGCAUCGCGCGCAGAGCCAGCAAGAGAGCGUGCUGCAGAAAUUCCGUAAGAGCUUCUCGCUGAGGUUCCACAAGAAGGGCAGCAAGGAGAGUAACGAGGAAUGUCCCGCGGAGGACAACGACGGCUCGGGGCCGUUGGACGACGAGGAGGGCAGGGAAACGCCUCCUGCAACCAUCUCCGAGCAAAGCAACCAUCACAAAGACGACUCCAGCAAUGACCAGAAAUUCCGAUUCGGCCCGCUCGUCUGGAGAAGCAGCAAGGAGAGGAAAAAGGGCAACAAAGCCGCUCGAAACGCCAAGUGCAACAGCGGAGACAGCGGUAUACAAAUCGAGAUGGUAUCUGGUGGAGCGUUGACUGGGGGCAGCGGCGGCGGAGUGAUGGGAGGCGGUGACAGCUCCGAGUCCCAUGAUACAGAUGACGUGCCCGACGACACCGACAGCCCUCCGGCCCUUCGCAGGCGAGUCACCGAUAAAUCGCGGCCCCAGUCCGAGCUCAUCAACCAAAUACUGAUUGACAAAUUCAAGAAUCCGGACGACUUGUUCCAGGCGGAUUUGCAGAGCCGCGCAUCGCGGCAUAAUCACGUCCGUCGCACGAACAGUGACUUAGGCGGCCAGAGGCUGCUGCAAUGGGACACCCGGUCGGGAUACGUUCACAAUUAUCGCAGGAUGCUGUCGACCCCGUCGCCGAUCAAGACGAGGCCGCCCAGGCUCAGCCCGAGGCAUUCCUCCCAUGAUAUCGUUACGCUGAGAAGUAACGCGAAAGGGAGGAGUUCUCGGACAAAUUUGAGGCGCUCGCUUAGCCAGCCACUGGGAAUCAACCAGCUCUCGCCGCUGAUGCGCACGAAAACCGCAGGCGCGAGAUUACCCGGUGGCAAUGUGCUAUCCGAGGACGAGCAGGAUGGCAGAGCCGGCACAUCUGACGACGAAAUGAUGUCCGACUCCGAAUCGUCGAUCGCUUCCUUGACGGACAAGAAGAAAUCAUUCGAGCAGGCGAUGGACGAAGAAGUCGUCAUCUUGGCCGAGGCUGUUUGGGACCAUGUAGCGAUGGAGCCGGAGGAGCUGGCUUUUCGCGCCGGGGACGUGAUCGAUGUUCUCGAUACGCUAGAUAAGGAUUGGUGGUGGGGCAGCUGCAGGGGGGAACACGGAUGGUUUCCGGCCGCUUUUGUGAGGUUGCGGGUGAGUCAAGAGGAUACCGUGGAGGAUUGCCUGGCCGCGAUGGCUGCCGGAGCAGCCUCGGGCGCGCAGCUGAGAAGACGGACUAGCAUUUCCCUGCUCUCGAACGAGCAAGUGAGGACCAGCGUGGUCCGUGAACUCGUCCAAACCGAGCGCGAUUUCGUGAAGAUCCUGCGCGACGUGGCCGAGGGCUACAUCGCGGAAUGUCGCAGGCGCACGGACAUGUUCACCGAGGACCAGAUCGAGACAAUCUUCAUCAAUCUCGAGGAUCUCCUGGAGUUCCAAUCUGAAUUCCUGAAGGACCUCGAGACUCGCAUCGACUGGAGCGCGCCGCACAAAAGCUGCGUCGGCGAAUGCUUUCUCAAUAAUAGGGCGGGUUUCCGCAUGUAUUCGGAAUACUGCAACAGCCAUCCGAUGGCCACGGCGAUGCUGCAGGAGCUCUACCAGCAUAACCGUUACAGCAAGUUUUUCGAGGCCUGUCGGCUGAUGAGAGGCCUCAUAGAGAUCCCCUUGGACGGAUAUCUGUUGACGCCCGUUCAGCGUAUUUGCAAAUACCCUCUUCAAUUGGCGGAGCUGCUGAAGUACACGAAAACCGAUCAUCCGGAUUAUCACAAGAUUCAAGAGGCCCUGGGGGCGAUGAGGGACGUCGCUGUACUGAUCAAUGAGAGAAAGAGGCGGAUGGAGAGUUUGGAGAAGUUGGCCGCGUGGCAACUGCGCGUGGAAGGCUGGGAGGGUGAAGAUCUCAUAGAAGUUUCGUCGCAACUGAUUUAUCACGGUGAAGCAAUGAGAGUGAAGACCGGCAUGUGGACGAACAACAUCAUAUUAUUCCUCUUCGAUCAUCAGUUGGUUUACUGCAAGAAGGACAUCCUCAAACGCAACACUUACGUCUACAAAGGUCGCAUCUACCUCGACACCAGCGAGGUCAUCGACGUGCCCGACGGAAAAGAUCUUCAAUCAGGGGUGACGGUAAGACAUUGUCUGAAGGUGUACAGUUGCGUGCGAGAUAAAUGGCUGCUCUUCUGCUGUCGCACAGCAGAGGAGAAGCGCCGAUGGCUGGCGGCGAUGGCCGAGGAACGAAGACUCGUGGCUAAAGAUAGGAAUGACGGAUUAGAAUUUCCGGCGGCAGCUAGACAUCUCGCCAGGCUUGCCGCCAGCAGGCAGCAAAACAGGCCGCCGAUCAAGCCACGCAAUGCCGUAGACAAAACGUACAAGAGGGAGUCGUAUGAGAUGCCGACGAUGAUCGGACAGGGCACCACCAACUCGCUGGGGCGGAAAGUCGGGACGUGGUUCACGUUCGGUAGCAGCAAGAAAAGCACACGGCUUCAACCGUCCUGAGACAGGCCUACCUUCGUGCCGUAUAUUGACCUGUAAAGCUGCGGCUAACGGCGCUGUAUUGUCCUGUCAAUAUUCUGGCGCGAGACAUUUUGUUAUCGGUUGCUUCGAAACUUAAAAAGCCUUUCGUGCGAGCCUUUGCCACCAUCAGUAUUUAAUCGGUAUUUAAUCGGUAUUUAAUCAACUCACUGCAGCGCUUAUCGAUCAGAUUUAUUAUUUUUCGUGGAUCAUCGAUCGAUCCGCUUAGCUAGGAUCUCGCAGCGGAUGAACAGCGCCUCGUCACAUGUACGGCACGAAGGUAUUUGUACAAUUGAAGCGGAUAUUGUCUUGCAAAAGUAUAUCUUUUCUUAGAUAGGAAAAGUAUCGAUUCUAUUAGCCGAUCAUUGCGUUUCGCUUGUAGAGAGUCACGCGGCGAUCCGAAAGCAAGGAGAAACUUCCAACUCUUCAUUCACUACCUCUCUCGCGAAAACCGACAUCGUCAUCGUCGAUUAGACGUCGUGUGCUUAAAAUGCAGAUACGAUAAAUCGAUGAAAGUCGCUCGCUGCGUCUAAUUUAAAUCGGGCUUCGUGAAUCCACAUAAAUCUGUAUGCAUCCAGUUUGUGUGAGUUUAUGUAAAUUUCACUGGCUUUAUAAACCGUCGAAUCGGCGAUCCUCCAAUUGUCGGAUUUCAAAGCGACGUUUUAUCACCUUUGACAUCGUUUUAUUUCCGACGUGACGGUUUCGGCGUUCAGUUGGAGGACCACCGUCCACAAAAUGUUUCGGAGAAAAAAAAAGAAGCAGAGUAUUACAAGCCGAGAGGGGGGGAGGGGGGGAGUAUAAUCGAUCUUGUAGAUAUUUAGCGUUAGAUUAUCAAUAAUAAAUAGACAUGAGAAUAGAUUAGCGAAAUAGAGACAUCUAGAAAAGUAGAUAGUAAAUGUAUAAAGUCAAUAGUGGGCUUCUGAAGUACUAAAGAGAAAGUACUAGUCACUCUUCAUCGCGAAUUCAUGAUAAGCGCCGCGAUGAAACGCGAUAUAUGUAUGUAUUGUUAUACGCGCAAUCGCUUUUUUGGGUCGAGCAGCUGGAUGGGUACGUGACACACACACGGCUGUACAUUUUUUAUGAUAAUCGAAAGACUGACAACCGAGAUGCGUCCUCGGAAACCGGUUGUAAUCUUGAGAGAGAAAUGCGAGACGGGAUCGAUUAGGAAACUUUUUAUGGGAUUAAACUUCGCUUCCUUCGUGAUAAACUCUGUUAAAAUCGUUUUGAGAACUUUCUCAGUUUUACGUAUCGAGAAUACAACGAGAAUAAGCGUGAUUUUAAUCGUAGUAUUGCGCACUGUUUCGCGCAAGUGUCAACAAGUUCGAUCGCAAAGUCCACGUUGAUUAAGUCUCGCGGCAAAUUUUGAUCGCCCGAUUCCGCACACCACUUUUCUCUCAACGAAAAACGUAGGUAUAUUUCGUAGAGGAAAUCUUCAGCGAACUAUACAAGGUAACUUUUACUGCCUAACUAAUGUUCGUUAUUUCGCAUUGUAAUCGUAAUACUCAUAGUAGUUUGUACGGAGUUGCGACGGGCGAAAAGAUAGGAUGGCGAGGGAAACAAGGAUGGAAGAAAAGGAGAUUUAUGUUUCCAUGAAAAUAAUGACAGAUUGACCACGCAGAUAAAUGAUUAAAUGACACGAGAUAUGUAAAUAUUCGCAUAUCACGCCUCUUUAUCUGACGAAGCGGCUAGCUUCUAAAGAAACGAAAAAAAAAGAGGGAAGAUAAAGAAAGAAGAAGAAGAAGUGAUCGAGAGGAUCUUUGCAGUUUUCUACUCUUGUAUAGGAAGUUACACAAGAAUUUAGCACACGACAGGAAGAGAAAAUCAGUCAGUCAACAGAAGAAUCUUUGUGUUACAAUGAUAUACGUGCAUAUUAUCUAUACGCGGUCCCUUGGCGAAAUGUUCGAUCUUGCAGUCUUAAUUACGGACCCUGAAAGUUUCCAACACUGCCAAUAAGUUUAAAGGAAAUACGUCUUCGUUCGUCAUUAUUAUCAUUUGACUCUUUAAUAGAAAAAAAAAAAAAAAA